AUGACCGUCCCUCUCUUCAUCCUCGCCGCCCUCGCCACAGCAGGCACAGUCUCCGCCCACGGUUACAUCAAAUCCAUCAAUGUCGCCGGACAGGAAUACGGCGGCUUCCUCGCAGACGUCUACCCCUGGAGCGAGCCCAAACCCGACCUAAUCGCCUGGAGCACAACAGCCACAGACACGGGGUUCGUUCAGACCGUCCCCGGGCCCGACGUCAUCUGCCAUCGAGACGCGAAACCAGGAAAGCUCUCCGCGCCAAUCGCCGCCGGCGAAACCGUGACAGUAACCUGGAGCCAAUGGCUCGGCGAACACAAGGGCCCCGUACUGAACUAUCUGGCGGCGUGUAACGGCGACUGUGCGGCUGUGCACGCAGCCGACUUGAAGUUUUUCAAAAUCAGCGAGAGCGGCUUCGAGAAUGGCCUUUGGGGGUCGGAUAUCCUCAUCCAGCAGGGGAAUUCCUGGGACGUGGUUAUCCCCGCGGAUAUCAAGGCGGGCGGGUAUGUGCUCCGCCAUGAGAUUGUCGCUAUGCAUGGUAAGUUUCAGCUGUAUCCGCAGUGUAUUAAUUUGCAGGUUACCGAGGGUGGAGAGGCUGUCCCUGAGGGUGUGCCUGGGGCGCAGCUUUAUACGGGGCAGGAACCCGGGCUCAAUACGAAUGUUUGGGGGGAGGUCAAGGGGUAUAUUCCGCCUGGGCCGAAGUUGUAUAAUCCUGCUGGUCCGGGUGAGGAGCGUGAGGAUACGACGGAGACUUCUACCCCUGUUGUGACUGCUACGCCGACAACAUUUGUUACGAUGACUAGUCCUGCGCCCUCGACUGAAUCAGGUGCUCCUGUGGAAACAACUGAUGACCCGCUCGUCGUUAUCCCCGUCACGCCUGGUUCAAGCGCGGAUACCACUCCGGCUGAAACUGGGACGUCCACAAAGACAACUUGCUCGCCGACCUGUCCGGUCUCAUCGACGGCAACGGAGACUGUGAUCGCGACGACAACAAUCACAAGUACGGGUGUGCCGCCGCAAGAGACGCCCACAGAUUUCGAGAUGACCAUUGAGGAUGUUGAGUAUGUUUGUAUGCCGAGAGGUAAGCAUAGGGCCCUGGUGGCCGGACAGCGUUAG